UUGAAGACCUUUAUAAUGGCUAAAAGGAUCGUGUUCUUAUUCGGUCUGAUGGGGUUGUGGAUGCAAGUGGGAUGUAAGCAAAACAAAUAUGACGACUAUUCCCUGGUCAAACUAUACCCGACAAAAACAAAGCAAAUAGAAGCGUUAAAAUUCCUAGAUGACCCAGAGCUCGGAGUGGAAGUUUUGAAAAAUAGCCGAAGUUUUAAUGACAGCACUGAUGUAUUGGUACCACAAAAUCGCUUGACGUUAUUAGAACAAUUAAUUGAAAACGAGAAAUUGCAUUAUGAAGUUAAACGUAAUUAUGGAAGGACAUUUGAGAAUAUCGAAAGAACGCCAAAAAGGAGAGUUUUACGUGGAUUUGGUUUUUACGAAUAUCAUUCGUUCCCAGCCAUACAAGAAUAUAUAGACAGUUUACCGAAACGACACCCAGACUUAGUGACCCUUCAAAAUCUAGGAACCAGUUUUCAAGGUCGAAGAAUGAAACUUGUCAAAAUAUCUUCAGAUCCUUUUGCAGGGAACCCUAUUAUCUUUGUUGAUGCUGGUAUCCACGCCCGGGAGUGGGUGGCGCCGGCGAUGGCUCUAUACCUGAUCCACAGGCUGGUCAACGACCCCGAUGCACGUAGUGAGCUGGACGGAGUGGAUUGGUACAUCCUCCCGGUUGUCAACCCUGAUGGAUAUGAGUACACUCGAUCUAACAGAGCUAACCGCCUCUGGAGGAAGACCAGAUCAAAGAACUCCUUUUUCGAAUGCGUUGGAGUUGACGGAAACAGAAAUUAUGGUUUUAAAUGGGCUGUUAGUGGUGUAUCUAAAAAUCCUUGUGAUAUGGAAACUUAUGCAGGACCGAAACCCUUCUCCGAAGUAGAGACACAAAUGGUCAGAAACAUAAUGAUGGAAAACAGUAAAAGGCUCAAGUUGUACGUUUCCUUGCACUCCUAUGGCCAGUACUUGGUCUACCCAUGGGGAUACACCGGCGAAUACUUGCCUAAAGAAUGGAAAAGAUUGGAUUCGUUAGCUAGAAUGGUAUCAGAUGCAGUGCAAAGGGCUGGUGGGCAGCCUUUCAAAGUUUUGAGUGCUGGUAAGUGGUAUGCAGCUGCUGGAGGCAGCGAUGAUUUCGCUUUCGGUGCAGUUGGUGUUCCCUAUUCAUAUACUAUGGAAUUGACAAGUGGUUAUGAAUUCAUAUUCCCUGAACGACUCUUACGUAUCGUAUUGCCACAAUACUAUGAAGGGUUCCGAACAUUCGCAGCACAAAUUAAGAAAGAGUUUUCUCCCAAAUAUAUGCCAAGACACGCUACUUCUCAAGAAAUGAUGGAACAAACAGUUAAAAAUGUAUAUUAAAAGUUUUGUGAUGUAAAUUAAAUAUAUGAAGUAUUGAAGUAA